AUGGGUUAUGUUGCUGUUGCUGUUGUUGGAAAUUUCACAUGCUUUUUUAUGUACAUACACGGUAGUCCGUCGGUGGCGAAACAACGGGUCGAAAAUACAUUUCGUGAUAUUCAAAAGAGACCCAAUCCCACAUCGACCACGCUUGAUGAUAUAUUGGAUUCCCUUUUGGGUUUGCCCCCAACAUCACGGUCCCCCAGUCCCGGUUCGCUGUCGAUAGCGACGACAGCCGCCUUCAGUCCCGGACAAAGUCGUAGUACACUUCUUCUAUCUUUGCCCGAACGGCAACACCAAAGGCAAAGUUGGGGUGAUAUUCGAGCGAACGUCUCAGAAUCAGCUAGCGAUCCUGGGAAUGCGGAUUUCGCAAAGGAAGUAAUGAGUCGUAGAAGGAAAAGCGACGGUGGUAGUGGCGUAAGCGGUGACGUGGGAUUAGUCCGUCAAAAUUCGGAACACAGGAUAAAAAAAUCCCAAAAUAAUGAUACUGAAAGAGGGGAAACAAACGUGUCUAAAGAACAUCAUGCUCAUAUGAGUGGAACUCUUGUCAAAUGCCGAUAUUCAAAAUGUGGUAAAACGGCAAGCAUCAUGGAAGCCAAGAGAACAUUUAAAACGUGUCAUAAUUGUUCGCACGUUUAUUGUUCCCGCGAAUGUAGGCGAGCACAUUGGGAACGUCACAGACGUACUUGUUUACAUUCAAGAGUUGGAGCUUUGUGUCGUCAAGUUUUAGCCGCUGCAAAAGAAGAUGGUAAAACGUUACAUCAUUUAUCAACGUUGGCACGUAGAGGAUAUUUAACACACGGACGAGGAGCCGUUAAAAUAUUUUUUUCCAGUCCCGAAUUAGCAGAGAAAUUUGUCGCCAGAGGUUUCGACGAAUUGGGAGAACCGGCUUACGUCAAGUGGUCGGAUUUAUUACCCGCCGAAAUGGGAGCGGAUUUAUUUGCCGAAUUAAUGAAAAUCUGUAAAUCUUAUAAUCCUGAUACGAGGCUUGUUUUAUAUGUAGCCGUUUGUGUUGUUAGUGAAGUGCCAACUACGGGUGCCGUCAAAUGGGAAAGGCAAUUGGUUUCCAGAUGUUGUAAAAUCACAUUAGAUAAAUCUUUGUUACCUGCUAAAGAAGAUAAACAAAAACCGCCUCCGCUUCCGCCACGACAAACUUCUUCGGAUUGCGUUAGAAUAACGCGGGAAAUGGAUAAUCCUGACACUUUAAUAUUAACUUCCUUACCGGGCAUUACGGGUAAAAUUCCAGAGCGUAAAAUACGGGAAAUAAGCUUUGUUAACAUUCAAAGAGAAUUAAAACAAAGAGGUGUUAGUUUGAGGCGUCAAUUUCCCGAAGUAUAUAAAAAAUUAUGUUCCUACGUCGAGGGCACAUCCGAACACUUUACUCCUGUUACCAUAUAUCCAAGAGAUGUUAUUUCCGGUAAAACAUUUAUGUGCAUCAUAAUGCCGGGUUCAGAACCGGAAAAAUUACAACUCGUUCCAAAAGACAGUACCAAAGUUAAAACUAUUGACGUUAGUAUCGAAAGACAAGCUGUUUAA